CUGCAGCAGUGGAAUUGAGAGUAGGCUACUAGUUUGUAUCGGGUCCGAUAUUUGCAACUGGUGAUACUUAUUGCCAUGAAGGAUUUAAUUCGUUUUAUUAGCACAGUUGGUAUGGCUUGGACGAAUUUUCUCAGUGCCAUUUAAGAUACGGUCGGAAAGAUCGCCGUGAAACUCCACAUCUUCAGAUUCUGCUUAAUUUGUUAGAUACAACGGGUGACAAGACAUGAGCAUGGAUACAACUGUGAAUUCAGGAAGAAAUUCCGAGAAAUCUCACCUCGUGCACGAGACGAAUGCCAAAAUGUAUUCACUGAAAAGUUCCUCUUCAGACUCCAAAGAAGACUAUCCCAACAUCCCACUUGAGAAGGAAGAUGUGGCUGGUGCCAUUAAGCUGAAGCAGCCUGUUGGCGCCCAUUGCCACGAUAACAAAGCAGUGAGUGAGGAGAACCAUGACACGCUGCUGGCUAAGAAGAAGCUGUACAUCGCCUCCAUUGUGUGCCUCAUCUUCAUGAUCGGAGAGAUCAUAGGUGGCUACCUGGCCCACAGUUUGGCUAUUAUGACAGAUGCAGCUCACCUCCUGACUGACUUCGGCAGCAUGAUGGUCAGCCUGUUCUCCCUGUGGAUCUCCUCUAGACCACCCACAAAAACCAUGACCUUUGGAUGGCACCGCUCAGAGAUCCUAGGAGCGCUGGUGUCAGUGAUGUCCAUCUGGAUAGUGACUGGGGUGCUGGUUUACCUGGCCAUUGAGAGGAUAGUCAAGAACGACUUUGAGAUCAACAGUCAAGCGAUGCUCAUCACCUCCGGUUGUGCCGUCAUAGUAAACAUCAUCAUGGCGUACAUCCUCCACCACUCCACCACCUUCCAUGCCCAGAGCUCAGGCUACCAGCAAAUAGACGAGAACGGGCAGGGCCCUUUGGGUCACAGGCACUCCCAUGUGGGCCACUCCCACACCCUGCUGGGUCAUGGCCAUGGCAACACCAGUGUGAGAGCAGCCUUCAUUCACGUGUUGGGAGAUCUCCUACAGAGUGUUGGGGUCCUAGUGGCUGCCAUCGUCAUCUUCUACAGGCCUGAAUACAAAGUAGCAGAUCCCAUUUGUACCUUCCUCUUCUCUGUGUUUGUCCUUGGGACCACCAUCACCAUACUCAGGGAUGUUUUCAGGAUACUCAUGGAAGGGGCUCCUAAGGGAAUAGAGUUUAACUCGGUGAAGGAGGUGUUGCUGUCUCUGAAGAUGGUGAAGUCUAUGCACAACCUGCGCCUGUGGGCCUUGACCGCGGGACAGACCCUGGUCUCCGUCCAUGUAGCCAUCGAGGAGGAUGCCGAUCCCCAGAGUGUCCUUAAGGAGGCUACAGAGAUCCUCCAAACCAAGUUUGGUUUCUACAGAACCACCAUCCAGGUGGAGCCCUACUCUGAUGACAUGGCCUACUGCACACACUGCCAGGAUCCCAUGGACUAACAGCAGUGGAGGCUGCUGAGGGGAGGACGGCUCAUAAUAAUAUCUGGAACAGAGCAAAUGGCAUGGCAUCAAAAACAUGGAAACCAUGUUUGAUGUAUUUUAUACCAGU